AGACCUUACUCUGAGAGUUAAAGGUCUAUGACCAAAACAAUAGCAGCCUGUGAUAGCUAAUCAUAGCCAAUAAGAAUAUUAUAUUUUUUUUCUUCGAGACAAAUUACAUUUGUUAGUAGACCGUGAUCGUUCAUUAUGUUUUGAAAUCCGUUGCCUUAUAUAGUAAUAGAAACGUAUAGGAUGAAGGAAUUAUUAUGUAAUAGGUAGUAGCAUAAAAUAAUGUGUCACAAUUUGAUUUCUUGAUCCUAAGCAACAAUAAAUUAACAAUAAACUGCUUAAAUGUAAAAAAAUAAAAAAAAUGAAUUCGAACAACUCGUAAAAUUAGGCAGGUCCAUUUUAAACAGGAAAUAGACCAUGUUCCUCUCUAAAAUAGUCAACAAAUAAUCAGCAAACAGUUAAUAAUCCAUGUAUAAAUUUUCAUUUUAAAUUAUUCAAUCGAUUUGUACAAUAUGAUUCCAGGAGCUGUGUGCAAAGCAUUAACACUUUUAUUUGGUGUAAUGUAUCCAGCAUAUGCAUCAUACAAGACAGUGAAAAACAAAAAUGUGAAAAAUUAUGUUAAGUGGAUGAUGUAUUGGAUAGUUUUUGCAGCAUUUAUUUGUAUCGAAAGCUUAACUGAUAUAUUUCUUGAAUUUUGGUUUCCAUUUUAUUAUGAUAUUAAAUUACUUGUGCUAUUGUGGAUUUCAUGUCCAUUUACAAAAGGUUCAACGAUUUUAUACAAACAACUAGUACAUCCAACUUUAUUGAAAAAGGAAACGGAUAUUGAUGAAUUUUUAAUCAAUGUUAAAUCACGUACCUACAAUGCUCUAGCUUCAACUGCUAAACAAACCUUUCAAAUGACAGCUGCAAUUGUAGCCCAGCACACAGUAGUUGGACGUAUGCCAAUGAUUCUUCAACAAAUGGUUAAAUUGGAUGAUGAUUGUUUACCUCAACAGCCAGCAGCUGUCAUAAGAAAAGUAAAAAAAAAGAAGCCUACAACUAUUAUUAUAGAAGAUUCUGUGUCAGAUUCUUCCAUUGACUCAUUGCCAAUAGAAUCUACUAUUGUGGUCGAAGAUGUGCCUAUUCAAAGACCUAAACGUACAAAAGUGCAAUAUCAACAAAAAUCUAGUAAUAUCAAUAAAUACAAGGCAGUAUUUUAAAAUAACUAUACUAUGUUCCAUUACAAAAACAUCUUGUCAUUUCUCAUUAUAAUAAAGCUUAAUUAUGUAUCAAAAAUACAUCAUAAAUAAUAAUCUAUGACAACAUUGCACUGUUUUUUGUUUUAUUUUCACUUCCACAAGUUUUAAGUUUGUAAUCACUAUAAUUUUUCGAUUUUUUUUCUUUAAUUAUUAGUUUAGUUAACGCAUUUUACUUAUUGUUAACAACAAUUUACAUUUUUAAUGUUGAACAAAAUAAUGUCUUAAUAUAGUAGAAACCUAUCCUUUUAUAAUUUACCAUAUUCUUAAUAAUUGUUAAACAUUUACUAAUUUAGUUAAGUAUACGAUGUAAUUUUUGACAAAUAAUUAAUAAAUAGAAAGACAAAUAUAAAAGACUAACAAAUAAAAGGGUAUAUAAACAAUAAACAUAUUAUGUUGCUCACACUACAGUUGUUUCCUUAUAUAACGGUGCUACUUAUAAGUUAAUUUAUAUUUAAAAAUAGUCUUUAAUUUAGGUAAUUUUAUCUCAUUUAUGAAUAUUGAGAAAUAUUUAACUAAUUAAAUUGUUUUUCCAUCAAGUAUUAUUUGAAAUCUCCUUUAUACCUAGUAUUAUUUUGAAAUUUUGAAAACUAUUAUUUAAGAAUACAUUUUGUAAAAAUUAUUUUUAUUUUUGAAAGUAUUAUCUUACAAAUAACAUGUUUUUUUUUUGUUCUAGUCACAAACACAAUCACAAUUUAAAUAUUAUAUAUAAUUUGUAUUGAGACUUAAAUUAUAUCAUUUACAUUAGAUAUUUAGUAUUUAUAGAUAAAAUCAAGCGUUAUUGUUAUUGUUACUGAUUUGUAUAUUUUAUUAAUAUAUUCAUAUUUAUUAUGGUAAUAAAAUAUUUUGUUAAUACUUUA